CAAAACAAGGAAAUUUGCCCUUCAAAAGAUUUAGGACUUUUCAAUGGGCGCGAAGUCAGUGAAACUCAUGUUUUUUUUCCAUCCAUUGAUCAAGUUCUUCAAGGCUGGUUUUUGAUUUUUCUUUUUUUUCUCUUUCUGAUAUACAAUUCCUUCCGUCGUUUACUAACUACGAGGCAGAAAUUUUCAGGUUAAAAGUGAACUGAUGUACUUGUUUGCAUGAAUGACUGACAGGCUUUUCCAGGAUCAGAAGAAAUAAGCAAGGUAGAAAUCAGUGAAAGGUAUAGCUACUAGGAGCUCCGUCCGAUUAUGGAAAAUUCGACGAUUUUUCACGAUUGCUCGCAACAAUCCUUCACCGUUUCAACGAGUGCUCUGAUCACCAUCCUUUCGCUGUCGGGAGUUUGUGGAAUUGCAGCGAUUUUGUUAAAUAUCCUGGUCAUUUUGGUGAUGUUUUACAAACCUGCGCUACGGUCCAUGACAAACUAUUGGAUUGUUUCUCUCGCCGUGGCCGAUUUGCUUAUUGCGACACUGGGUGUUCCUGUGUGGUGUUUAAAACUCCUUCAAAAGACACGGUUUAUUGAGGAAAAAGUGCAUAACGUGUUUUCGGUUAUAGUAGUUUUGACGCUAAGCGCUUCCUCAUUGAACCAUCUAGCGUUAAGUUAUGACCGCUAUAUUGGUGUGACUGCGCCAUUUCAAUACCGAAGCAGACUGACACCACGAAAGUGUGGGAAAAUUAUUGCAGUGAUAUGGACCUUGUCCCUUUUGUUGGCAUUGAUAUCACUGAAAAACAACUGUAGCAUAUCAGGAGAUGGACAUUUUGCCCUCUUUGUGGCAAUCUUCGGUAUUCCAUUGAUGUUUAUUUGUUAUUUCUAUAUGCGUAUCUUCAAGGAAGCCAACAGGCAGAAAAGACUGAUAAAAAUCCAAGAAACCUGUUCAAAUCAGUACCAGCCGUGUUUCCUAAAAGAAUACAAAGCCGUCAUGACUGUUGCCAUGGUGACGGGUUCGUUUGUACUUUGUUGGCUUCCUUGUUUGAUCGAUUCGGUGAUUCACCUUUCAGCGCCAAAAGUUUGGGCUGACACCCAGUUAUGGCUCGGCACAACCACCCUGGCUUGUUUUUCUUCGGUGUUAAAUCCCAUUUUAUACUCCGUGCGGAUAAAGGCGUUCAGAAGCACGUUCCCAAUUACAAUAAUUUUCCCGAAGGUUAAGCGAAAUUCAGUCAGUAUUACCCCUCACACUGUUUGACAACUAUAACUGGCGGGCUUCUCUGAUGUAUACGGUAUGCGAGACACUCAGAGGCCAAUUUAGUUAAGCCUUCAUUUAAAUCUCACAACUUGAGAAUUGUAGUGAAUCUAAUCUCCUCUCAGUCGCUGUAAUUAAACUUCUUUAAACGCCGUACACUUUCCAUCCAGAGAACUGAAUAUUUCAUAAGGAAAAAAGAAGUCAAUUUCAAAGGAGGGUACUUCCGCACGCAACAGUUACAUGACGCGGCACUUUUUGUGAUUAAACACUUUCUCGCGCGUCACGAAUUUAAAAAAGAAAACCUCAAAUCUCAUUGUACCUUGCUUGUCUGUAAAAUUCAUGUGUCACGUACAAGUUUAACAUUUUUUUGUGCGUCACGAAUUAAAAGCAUGUCUGUGAAAUUCACGCGUCACGACAUAAUUCAACCACGGUUCACGAAUCAACUCUAAGGAGUGUGGAAGUCGAAUAGAGAAACAUAAACUAGGGCAAUCAUCGAUCGGGUUUACUAGUGAUAAAAGUCGGAAAACACCUGCAAGACAU